AUGGGGUGCUGCUGCGCCGAUGACGACGCCCCGGCGCCGGCGCCGCGCACGCGCGGCUGCACGGACCUGCCCUGCCUGCUCGUGUUCGUGGUGGUCUGGUGCGCGAUCGUGUUCCUCGCGGCGCUGGCGUUCGCUUACGGCCGGCCGGCGCUGCUCGCCGGCGGCUACGACAGCUUCGGCAACGUGUGCGGCGUCGCGAACUCGGCCAUCGCUGGCGUGCCGCUGUCGGGCCGCGACAUGCGGCAGCGACCGCUGCUCUUCCUGCAGGAUGCGGCGCAGCCAGCGCGCGCGCUGGCGCUCUGCGUCAGCCGCUGCCCGCCGCACCGGCUCGACACGAUCGCCGACGUGAACGCGUUCUUCGCGGCCAGCGGCAGCCAGCUGUGCCGGUACGACUACGCGCGGGCGGCGUACAACUUCAGUGGGCUGGUGGCGGCGGCAGCGCCGGGCCUGCCCGUCUUCCCCGAAUGUCCGCCGCUGCCGGUGCCGGCCAGCGAGCCACUCCUCGGCCACUGCAUACCGACGCCGGCAGCGGGCAUCGACGACACCGCCGUGUCCAACCUCUUCGGCCGGCUGAACGGCGGCGGCCUGGCGCGUCAAGUCGCCGCCGAUGUGCGCGCCGCCUGGCGGCAGAUCCUGCUGGCCGGCACCGCGCUGCUCUGGUGGACGUACGCGUCGCUCCGCUGGGAGCUGGACGCCACGCCGCCGCAACGCAUACUGCGCGCCGCCGCGCUCAACGAGCACGCGCUGCUGGUGUGCGCCAUCGUGGCCACCGUGGUCACACCGCUGCUGCUGGCGGCCGUGGUGUUCAGCUGGCGCCAGCUGCGCCUGCUGGCUGAGCUCUUCGACGAGGCGGCCGCCUGCCUGCGCGCCCUGCCCUGCCUGCUGCUGCAGCCGCUUUGGACGGCGCUAGCCGAGGCCGCCCUGCUUGCGUUCGGCGCUCUCCUGCUGGUCUGGCUCGGCUCGGCGUCGCACAUCGAGCCCCCCGGCGACGCGGCCGACGCCGGCGAGCCCGAGCGCGUGCUCCGGCUGGCCGCCGAAGUGUGGGUGCCUUACGUUUGGUGGCUGGUGCCCGUGGUGCUGGUCUGGACGGCCGAGUUCCUGCUUGCCUGCCAGUGGCUGGUGACAGCCGGCGCCGUCUGUCGCUGGUACUUCUCGCGCGCCGGCGCGCGGCCCGCCUGUCCCAUCGCCAGCUCGCUGGGCCUGCUCCUCUGUCACCACCUGGGCACGGCCGCGCUCGGCUCCUUCCUCGUCUCGCUGCUGCGCCUGCCGCGCGCCGUACUCGCCUGGCUCAGCAAGCGCGUCGACGCCUGCAACGGCACGUGCGCCUGCUGCGCCGCCGCCUGCGCCUGCUGCCUCUGCUGCUGGGAGCGUUGCGUGCGCUGCAUCAGUCACAACGCCUACGCCGUCACGGCCAUCGACGGCAGUGGUUUCUGCGCGGCGGCGCGCGCCGCGCUCGCCGCCAUCACGGCGAACGCCGGCGCGGCGGCGGCGGUGAACGGCGCCGGCGACCUGGCGCUCUUCUGCGGCAAGCUUGCGGUGACGGCGACCGUGGCGGCUGCGGCCGUGCUCUGCCUGCGCUCCGACCCCGACCUGCACUUCUACGCGGCGCCCUGCGUCGUGGCCACGCUCGCCGCGUACCUGAUCGCCGACUGCGUGCUGAGCGCGUUCGAGACGGUGGUGGACACGCUGUUCCUUUGCUACUGCCAGGACGUGGCUGGCGACACGGUGGACGGCGGCGUGAUGUUUGCGCCGCCGCGGCUGGCGCGCGUCAUGGCCGACCUGGGCGCGGCGCCGGCCGGCGAGCCCGAGGUGAAGCGGCCGCUGCGGGAGGAGGAGCUGCGCCUGUCGCCGCCACCCACCGAGACGGCGUUAUAAGUCGCAUUACUGCGGAAGGAGGAGCUGCGCCUGUCGCCGCCACCCACCGAGACGGCGUUAUAAGUCGCAUUACCGCGGAAGGAGGAGCUGCGCACGCCGCCGCCGCCCAGCGAGACGGCGAUGUAAGAGACUGCAGCUACGGCGAAGAACACACGAUGGCCUGGUAGUCCCCGCCACCAAUGCUGGGUCAUCACCGACAGACCGUGAGGAUGGGGGCUCCGGAUAAGACGCGUUACAACGGACGCAGGUGCGACUGUGCUCGUUGGGAGGCAGCGGGGCAGCCGGUCCGUGGGAGUAGCGUCUCACAUGACCUCGCCGACAACGGCAGAAGACCGCACCGGCGCCCGUGGAGUGAACGGCGCACGGGUCUGUACGGCGACGGUGGAAGCGCCGGCGAGGCCCGACGCUACCGAUCCAAGGUCCAACAGACCCGUCACCAGUCCAAGCGCAGGUGACGUUUUGGGCGCCGGUGGGCAUGAACGCCCGGUUUUUGUCAUAUCCGGCACUGUGGGCAGCGCGGGAAAAGCAGAAGAAUCCAUGCGAAGUAACGAGAGCGUCCGGUGGCAAACAAGGCAGCUCGCUUAGUGAUCACGUCCCAUGAUAGCUUAAUACAAGCCAGUGUUCCAACUGCCACGCUUUUAGAGGCAUCCUUUUUGCUUGUAGCGGCAGUGUCCAGUAUUGAGUUCAGAGGUGUUCUCGUCGUGUCCUGUUGGACGCUUCCUCGCAGGUUCGGUGUCAUAAUGUGAAGGCACAGCUGUAAACUGAACGUUGUUCACACCGCGUGUUCGUGGCGGAGGCUUAUUGCUGUAGGAAAAGAUAGCUUAAUAAAUACAUAUCUACUUCUGUAAUUGCUCUUUAGGAUGAGUAAUGCGGCAAUGGGAUGCAAACCGUAACGAGAUUCCACAACAGCACAAGUACCAAUACCUAUGAGCGGGCAUUACGACACAAUUAUGCGUUCGAUCCCAAUAAUCCUGU